UCUUAGAAUCCAUCGAUCACAAAUGUUUCAAAAUCAAAGACAAUAUUUGUACCUUGAUAUGUUCUUCUUGUGUAAUGGAUCAGUUACUAAAUGGAUCUUUGGAGCUGAGGAUCAAGUCAAUAAUCAAAUUGCAUUAGCAGAGUUCCAGAUAUGGCGUCAACAAAGUUCAAGUAGUUACAAUAGAGUUACAUUUAGUUCAAUCACAUUCAAUGAUGUUACAAUGAUUGGUACUAAUCUCUAUGAGUUUAUUCCUCAGAUUCCACUGCAGUUUCAGGAAGGAGACAUAUUUGGUGUUUAUAUUCCUUCACCAGGUUCAAGUCGAUUAGUAUUUUAUGAACAGAAACAGAGUGGCCCACUUAAUAGGUUUAGAGCUGGUGGUGCAUUGUCAACUAUAACAGGAUCACUGGAUUUUAAUGCUAAUAAUUAUCCAUUAGUUGCAGCAGAACUCAGUAUUUCUACUACUACAACUAGUGGCAGUAGUAUGAUAACUGAAACAUCUACUGUUACUGGAGUCACUACUGAAGCAUCUAUAAUUCCUUCUGAUACUAUUUCUGGACCUGUGUCAACAUCAAAGUCAAUAUUUGUAUCAUCGUCAUCGGCAUCAAUGUUAGCAUCAAAAUCAGUAUUUGACACCUCAUCAUCUAGGCCACUCUCUCCUACCACUCUAUCAACAGCAUCAGCUAUAAUAAUUGGAGUGACAGUGACAACAGUAUGUAUAGUGGCUAUUGUUACACCUUUGAUAAUAGUGGCAUGUAUUUGUGUGAAAAGAAACUCAUCAGCUAUUAAUAAACCAUCAGAUGAUGGUAAUAUACAGCAAGGAACUACUGGAUCCAUUACAACAAAAGUUCAGGAUAACAUGUCUUCACUAAAGCAAGAUCAAGAAUAUAGAUCUAUAUCUCAUGUUAUCACCACUGAUAAUCCAGCGUAUGGAUUCAAUGUUAUUUUCACAAAUAAUAAUCCAGCAUAUAAUGUUACCAAUAAUAGUGCAGAAGUAGAAGACAAUGCUGAAUAUGUGUACAUAAAUUAAGUUUCAAAGUUCAUGUGGACAUAGUGCCAGUUAUAAUUUUUUGUUGUAAU